AUUUGCUUCUUGUUGGUUGGCCACUUUACAAGCGAAAAUGGCUUUGACCGGUCCGAGGUUUCGUGUGUCCAGUGCCGUGAUUUUACUAGUUUUCCUCAUUUGUUCACAUAAUAAUGCUCGGGGCAAUAUCAACACGGGUGUGCAUAGGCGUUUCGAGUAUAAAUAUUCUUUUAAGCCGCCGUACUUAGCGCAAAAAGAUGGAACAGUGCCGUUUUGGGAAUACGGUGGAAAUGCAAUCGCCAGUUCGGAAAGUGUCCGUGUCGCUCCAUCACUGCGCUCACAGAAAGGUGCUAUCUGGACUAAAUCCAAAACCAACUUCGAUUGGUGGGAAGUAGAAAUUGUAUUUAGGAUAACUGGUCGUGGUAGAAUUGGUGCCGAUGGUCUGGCCUUCUGGUACACAACAGAAAAGGGCGACUACAAUGGUCCUGUAUUUGGCUCGUCAGACCGGUGGACCGGUUUGGGUCUGUUCUUCGAUUCCUUCGAUAACGACAACAAGCACAACAAUCCUUACAUCAUGGCUGUGCUAAACGACGGUACCAAAAAUUUCGAUCAUCAAAACGAUGGCACUACCCAGCUAUUAGCUGGCUGUUUGCGGGACUUCAGGAAUAAGCCAUUCCCGACUAGAGCGCGUAUUGAAUAUUAUCAAAACGUUCUCACUGUGCUGUUCCACAACGGCAUGACAAACAAUAAUGAUGAUUACGAAAUGUGUCUUCGCGCUGAUGGCGUUAUUCUACCCAAAAAUGGUUACUUUGGAUUGUCAGCAGCCACUGGUGGUUUGGCUGAUGAUCAUGACGUCUUCCACUUCCUCACGACUUCACUACACCCACCUGGUCAGUUGCCAGAUGUGAAAAAAUUAGCUGAAGAAGAUUCUGAGAAGUUGAGCAAGGAAUACCAGGAUUACCAGAGGAAGUUGGAUCAACAGCGAGAGGAGUACAGGAAAGAACAUCCUGAUGAGCGUAAAGAUGACGAUCCAGAAGAUUGGUUUGAGUCCGAUAAUCAACGUGAAUUACGACAAAUCUGGCAAGCACAAAGCACAAUGUCGGAAGUCUUGCGUGAUAUGUCUCGCAAAAUAGACGAGGUGAUUGGUAGGCAAGAACGAACAAUGUCGUUGAUAGCAACUCAAGGACAGCAGCAACCGGGCGUGCCGCCGCAACCUGGACAGCAAGUUCCCCAAAUUCAAGGCGGUGUAGGUGGCGGCAUUUCUCGAGCAGAACUCGAUUUGAUCCUGAACAAUCAAAACGUCAUGCUCAAUACUAUCCGCGAAGCACGAGCCUUGAUCGGCGAUGUCCACGCCAAGUCGGACAAUAUCUUAAAUAAUCAAGCGAGAGCUCCCAGCGCACAAGUUCAAGCGGUUGGGUACGAUAUGCAAGGGUUCAUUUCAGAAAUGCGUGAUGGAUUGAAUCAAGUGAAACAGGGGGUUUCACUAGUGGGCCAAAGAAUGCCAAAUUCACUUCCACAAAGCUGUCCAUCACAAAGUUGUGUGAGCGUGACAAUGUUCUUAGUCGUUACAGUUGUGCAACUGGGACUUUUCCUAGCCUACAAUAUAUAUAAGAGCCGGAAUGAAGCGCAAGCGAAGAAAUUCUACUAGACAUAAAGCUACUUAAAAGAAUUGAAUUCCCCCCAUAGCAAACGGCCACAAUGACAAUUGUUAGGUAGCAGAGGAUUGGAUUCAUAUCGUUAAAAUUGUUUAUUUCGGGGCUCCCGCUCGAAAAUCCAUUCAUCCAUCAUAAAAGUCGACCCUGAAAGUUUUCAUCUAGGUAAACGGAUUAAAUGUGAUUGUUCUUCUUCUAAAAUUUCCAACAACUGAAUUGCUUACUAUAUGCUCAAGGAUUUACGCUCUAAAUAUGUUGAAUUGUUUUUCUUAUUUAUAUGUUCGUAUUUAAUGUAAUUUCAUUUGGAAAUGCUUAGAAAGUUUUCGAAUGAAGUGUAGUCUCGCAGAGGGAAUAAAGAACGUUUCCCUUUCGGAAUACGGCAGCCAAGCUAUUCCGUAUCCUUCGGAAUUUUCCUUUAAUUUUCGCUCUUUUUCCGACCCGAAUUCUUCUAUUAUUUUGCUUUAUUUCAUUGGAGGCGGGUGUCUCUCUUUUUCGCGUCUUUACCGCUAUUGGUUAACAAUCCCGUCAGUUCGAAACAAAUCUUCAACGGAAGAUGUGAAUAUUAUUAAACAUGUUUCCAUGUGCAUAUAUAAAUAUUUGUAGAUUUGAUAAAGUAAUGUUUGUAUCCUCAUUUUUUGAAGUACAACAAUUUUAAGAUUGUCUUUCAUGUCGGGUUCGAUUCUUCUACUAAUCUAAAACGUAAGACAACAAAAUGAGAUCUCCAUUUGCAGGAGAGAAAAGGACGAUAAUAAAAGAAAUUUUCAAUGCUAAGCAUAACAAUUAAAAUUAUAUAAGAAUUUAGUGUAAUUUUUGUUAUAUGUAAAAAAUAAAGAAUUUUUUAAAUAAAAGGAAAAGUAAGAAG